UUGCUGAUGUUCAGAACAGUUGUUUCCAUUAGGAGCACCUAAUCUAAUUUCGUGGAAGAGACAUGCCACGCCAGGAUAUGUAUGAAUCUGAGAAGUUCCAGCAGAAGGCUCUGAAGCAAACUAAGCAGAAGAAAUCCAAGUCAGCUGAAUUUCUGAUGGCAAAAGAAGAUGGAGCAACCACAGAAGGCAUAGGAAAUCCAGCUUUUAACAUCAGCAGUACAGAUCUUUCAGCAUAUCAGACUUCAGAAGAGAAAGUUAUUAAAUAUGACAAGCCACAUAGCACCCUUGCAGCUCACCCACAGAAACUCCGACUGCAGGCCUAUGCUGAACCAAGAGGAAAUGAAUACAGCAGAAAUUACUUUGACCCAUUGAUGGAUGAGGAAAUAAACCCAAGGCAGUGUGGGAUGGGGGUCAGCGGAGAAGUUCUGGUACAGAUGGACGAGAAACUUCUAUAUGAUGAAUUAAUGAAGCUUCUAGAUGAAGAUAACAAAGAGGAUCUCCAAGAGGAAAUCACCAGUGUUUUGGGAUUGGAUAUGGCCUCUUGCAGAAGGAAGAACUUGAGGAGAAUAGUGAAGGAAGCUACAAUUGGAGGUGAAGGGGAUUUGAAAGAUGGCAGACAGCCAGUGAGAAGGAGUAUGACUGGGAUAUGGAGUGCCUUCUUUGAGGAACAGCAAGAAAUCCAGUAUUGCUGGAAUGGAGAAUAUAUGGAAAGGAAUAAAGUUUAA